AUGUCGACAUCUGCAAACGGCCGCAUCGCUACCAACCCAUCCACGUCGGUCGACUGGGACAAGCUCGGCUUCAAGGAGCGCGACGUCAAUGGCCUGGUGCGCGUCACUUACCAGAACGGCAAAUGGGGCGCACUCGAGAUCUCCAAGGACAGCCACUUGAACGUGCACGCUGCAGCACCUUGUCUCAACUAUGGCCAGCAGGCUUUCGAGGGAAUCAAGGCAUUUCGCACGGCCAGUGGCUCGGUGCGCGUGUUCCGACCACAGGAGAACUGGGCUCGUAUGAACCUAAGUGCUCGCAUGGCAUCGAUGCCUGAACUGCCGGAGGAGCUGUUUCUGGAAGCCAUCAAGGUGGCCGUCGCUCUCAACCUGGAAUACGUGCCACCUUACAAGAAGAAUGCUUCGGGUGGUGCCCUCUACAUUCGACCUCUUCUCAUCGCUACGGGACCCAUGCUGCUGCUGGGUAGCCCAGAUGAGUUCACAUUCCUGGUAUGGGUAACUCCUGUCGGCUCGCUCUAUGGUAGUGGUGCUGAGAUCCCUGCGGUGGAUGGGUUCGUGCUGGACACAUUCGACCGUACAGCGCCCAUGGGUACCGGCCACACCAAACUCGGCGGCAACUACGCGCCCGUCUUCGGACCCACGGCUGCGGCCAAGAAACAAGGCUACCCUAUCACGCUCCAUCUCGACUCGGCCACGCACACGUACGUGGAUGAAUUCUCUACAUCCAACGCGCUUGGUGUGCAGAAGAAGGGCGAUCAGGUGACGCUCGUGGUUCCUGACAGCACCUCGAUCCUGCGAUCGGUCACCAAGAUCAGCGUGGUCGAGAUUGCCGAGAAGCUCUGCGGCUGGAAGGUGGAUCUGCGUCAGGUCGCUUUUGAAGAGCUCAAGCAGAACAAGUUUGCCGAGUUCAUGGCCGCUGGCACCGCCGCGGGUAUCACCCCUGUACGAUCCAUGUCGUACAACUCGCACAAGCCACAACUCAUCCACGACAAGCUCUCUCGCGAAGGACCCAAGUACACGUUCCCUUCCGACAACAAGGUGAUACGCAUCGACUUUGGCGAUGGCAAGUCGGCAGGUGAAUGUGCGCAGAGACUGUUUGACGAGUUGACAUCGUACCAGUGCGGUGACCAGCCAGAUAAGUUUGGAUGGUUGUGGCCUGAGCAGGGCAUCGUUGCUGAGGAUGCCAACUUGUCUGCUUAG